GUGCUUUUGUUUUGUUUUCUGCUUUUACUCGCCUGAAACUUAAUUUUUUAAAAAAAAAAUGGAUGAAGAGCAUGACUACUCUCGGUAUAAAUUCUGUAUUGCUUUCGUUCUCGACCAUCACUGCCUCCAUAGUAACAUCUAUGAAAUAGGCAGUUACUUCGAAGACGGACUUAACGAGUGGUGGAAAGGAAAAUCUACCGCUUCAAUUAUAUACGACACCACCAGUAAGACCGUAAUAUCUAAUGAUAAAUAUGUUAAUUAUUCAAUGUCGGAAACCGAGGAACUCCCAGAAAAUUGGCUUUACAUACCCAACGUUUUUACCGAACUUUAUAAUACCUAUGAAAAACAUCAGGAAGAUCAUUGUGAACGAAAUUGGUUUUAUGUUGUUCAACAGAUGGCAAUAAAAGUUUUACAGGGGCAUGCGAACAUUAGGAAACAAGAAUUAAAUUGUUCAGAAGCAGAGUUAUGUUAUGUCUUUACUAUUCCUACAGGUUGGAAUGAAAACAUCAAAGAGGAGCUUAUCCGGCCACUUUUCAUAAAAUCUGGUGUGCUUAACGAAGAAGAUGAUCAAGGCAGAUUAAUUUUUUUCACUGAUUUGGAGUUAAAUUUUCGAUAUCUGCAAUCUAGAAGGUUUAGGGAGUUCAAUGUAGCAAUGAAUCAAGGUCAUCAGUACAUCAUAAUGUCUUUGUAUUUUCAGCAAGAGAUACGUGUCAAUCUAAAUUUGGUUUCAGCACAAUAUCCAAGCUUCAAAACAGUGGACAGCGGAUAUGUUCCUCAACUAUUGAAGGAUUUUCAUUUUACAAUUUCUCUUAGGUCUCACAAUGUCAAGUCGUCACUGACAACAUGUCUUGAGAAAUUUUGUGAUUCCGAACUGGUACUCAAAAUUAUUGACCAGAUGCUCCAAAUUCUAGAAGAAACAAUAUCACGCACAUACGUAGAAAGAUUUAGGGAAACUAUGUCGGAUUUUAUACUUGGACGUCCCUUAUCGUAUCAGCCGUUUUUUAGUAUAAAUUUGGAAUAUGCUUAUGAUUCAAAAUACGGCAAAAAGGAAUUUGACCUCAUGAUCAACAAUAUUAGAUCAUUUACUAUGGGAAAUGUUUAUGAGGCCUUGAUUCCCUCUGUCGCUAAAAGCUGCAUGAAUGGAAUAAGCACAUUACUUCAGGGUACAGACAAUAUCAAAUCUAGAUCUCUAGUAAUUUUUCACACGGACGAUGUCAAUAUUGACAAGAGGAUGGUAGCAGUACUCGGUUUAGUUAAAAAAUGGUCAAAGACACGUAGCAAACAGAAAGAUAGCCCAUACGAAUUAAUCGGCGAAUCAAUCGGGGAUGACCAAUACUUCGUUUAUGAAUUUGAUGCCACACAUAGAAUGAAAAUGGCUAGUGUGUUUGUAAGAAAACACAUGAAUGAUUACAAUAUCCGUAGAGACCCAAUCAUAUUGCCUAGAGACUCGUCAAAUGAAGAAUAUGGAAGCUGUUCAAAGCCUGUUUAUUUUAUAAAUAUAGACCUGCUACCUACAAAAAACAAAAUUACUCUGACAUAUGUCGAUGAGAAGAGUCGAGUCAAACAAAUAGAAGAUAUUCGCUUGUAAGUGUGUCAUAAUCGUAAUACAAAGUUUAUAUAUGUUGAUCUAAACGAAUGUUAAUUUUUUAUUUCCA